AUGUUAAGAUUAGUAUCAAAACAAAGCAGCAGAAAAGCUUUGAAACAAUUGGUUUCAUUAGAAGCACCAGUUGCCAAUAAUACCACCAGAACAUUCAUCAGCACCAACAAAAUCGAAAGAAAUAUUUGCAAUAAUAAAUUAAAUAUCUUCACCAGUUCAACCACUUUAAAUAAAAAUGUAGUUUUUACUGAAAUUUUAUCAACUUCAUCAGUUGCUAAACGUUUCUAUGCUACUCCAGGUAAACAAAUUACUAUGCCAGCUUUAUCACCAAGUAUGACUGAAGGUAAUAUUGCUUCAUGGAAAAAGAAAGAAGGUGAUCAAAUUAAAGCCGGUGAUGUUAUUGCCGAAAUUGAAACUGAUAAAGCUACUAUGGAUUUCAUUUAUGAAGAAGGUAAUGGUUAUUUAGCUAAAAUUUUAGCCCCAGAAGGUGCCAAAGGUAUCGAAAUUAAUCAACCAAUUGCUAUUAUUGUUUCAAAGAAAGAAGAUAUUGAAGCUGCCAAAAACGCUAAAGUAGAUUCAUCAUCAUCUUCAAAACCAGCCGAAGCUCCAAAACAAGAAGCUCCAAAACCAGCUUCAAAACCAGCUCCAAAACCAAAAUCAACUAAAACUUAUCCAUCACACAAAGUUGUUGGUAUGCCAGCUUUAUCACCAAGUAUGGAAACUGGUGGUAUUGCUUCAUGGGCUAAAAAAGUAGGUGACCAAAUUAAAGCUGGUGAUGUUGUUGCUCAAGUUGAAACUGAUAAAGCUACUAUGGAUUUCGUUUAUGAAGAAGGUAAUGGUUAUUUAGCCAAAAUUUUAGUUCCAGAAGGAACCACAGGUGUUCAAAUUAACCAACCAGUUUUCGUUAUUGCCUCAAAGAAAGAAGAUUGUGAUAAAUUUGCUGAUUUCACUGCUGAAUCAAAUGAAUCACACGAAGAACCAGCCGCUGUUGAAUCAUCAGAAUCAUCAGAAUCAUCAACUGCCUCCACCACCACCACCUCCACAACCACUGCCACCCGUGCUGCCGGUGAAAGAGUAUUUGCCUCACCAGCUGCUAGAGCUGCUGCCGCCUCAAAAGGUUUUGAUGUUUCACAAAUUACCGGUACUGGUCCAAACAACAGAGUUAUUAAAUCAGAUGUUUUAGAAUUCACCCCACAACAAAAACAAGCUGAAGCCCCAGCCACCGCUGCUGCCAAGAAACCAACCGCUACUGCCGCCCCAUCAACUGGUACCUUUACCGAUUUCCCACACAGCAACAUCCGUAGAGUUACUGCUGCUCGUCUUACUGAAUCUAAACAAACUAUUCCACAUUACUAUCUCACUAUGGAAUGUCGUGUCGAUAAGAUCCUUAAGAUGCGUCAAGAAUUAAACGCUGGCAACACUGUCAAACUCUCAGUUAACGAUUUCAUUAUUAAAGCCGCCGCUGCUGCCCUUAGAGAUAAUCCAGUUGUAAACUCAACCUGGACCGAUUCAUACAUUAGAAGAUUCCACAACAUUGAUAUUAAUGUUGCUGUCAACACUGAUCAAGGUUUAUUCACCCCAAUCGUUAGAGGUGCCGACAUGAAAGGUCUCAAUGCCAUUAGCACUACUGUUAAAUCAUUAGCCGAAAAAGCUCACCAAAAUAAAUUAACUCCAUCAGAAUUCGAAAGUGGUACAUUCACUAUUUCCAACUUAGGUAUGUUUGGUAUUAAAUCAUUCAGUGCUGUCAUUAAUCCACCACAAGCUGCCAUUUUAGCCGUUGGUACCACCGAAACCCGUGUUGUUCCAGGUACUACUCCAGGUACUCAAUAUGAAAAUGCUACUAUUUUAUCUGUUACCUUAAGUUGCGACCAUCGUGUUGUUGAUGGUGCUUUAGGUGCCGAAUGGUUGAAAUCAUUCAAGGAUUACAUGGAAAACCCACUUAAAUUAUUAUUAUAA